CUGAACUAGUGUGGGGGGAUCUGACAAGCGCUUCUCAUCGCAGACUGGAGAUAAGGACACCACCCUCUCUACCAUAAUAAACACAUGCUAUGGGCAUCUCUGAAAAUUAAUCGGCGAAUUGAAACACUUGUGAAACCAAACAAAGGAAAGCUUCAGCAGAAAUGUAUCAGCUGAGAUAUGUUUCAAAGUAGCCCCGAUGGCGUCUGAUCAGAUUAGCUAGCUAGCUUUUAUCUGGGGGGAAAAGUCACUGUACAAGUCGCUGUUGACUUUGUUUCACUGUUUCUUUCGUGUCAGUCACUAUCUGGACCGGUUUAAUUUUUUUUCUGUGCUUGGAAUCCUGCCGAACCAUGGAUACUUACAGGAUAUCCGUCACCUUGGUUUUACUCCUUUCAACGUUGUACAGCUUUUCUUCAGAACAGUUUCCGAAUCAAGUCAUAGUGAAGGAAUGGGUGAUGCAGAUGCAGCAGGACCUGGUAAACCUGGUGGAAACAGCGAGUGGGGUAACCAGCCUCCCCCAGAUCUACUUGAAUAAUAGCAAGUACUUCAGUGUGGAAGUGAACAACGCAGCCCAGCUGGUGCACUGCGCGUCCAGCAACAUCGAGAAGCUCCUGCUGAAGAGAGCGAAGGCUCUGGAGACUCUAGCAACAGCAGCAGAGGACUUCCAGAAGGGACACGGGUGGAAAAAUGAGUUUGCGGAUGAUGAUAUUGUGUAUUACAACGCAAAGGACAAGCUGAAUGAGACGGACGGGCGGAAGAACCGGAUCAGUCCAGUUUUUAAGGAGGACCCAGCCUUUAAGCGCCAAAUAUCAUACAACCACACAGCCGUCCACAUCCCUACAGACAUCUAUGAGGGCUCCACGAUCAUUCUGAACGAGCUGAACUGGACUGAAGCACUAGAAGAUGUCUUCAAGAAGAACCGGGAGGAUGACCCCACGUUACUGUGGCAGGUGUUUGGCAGUGCCACUGGGCUGGCUCGGUACUACCCAGCGUCUCCUUGGAUGGACACCGCAAAGAUGCCCAGCAAAAUUGAUUUGUACGACGUUCGGCGGCGACCGUGGUAUAUACAAGGUGCUGCUUCACCAAAGGACAUGCUGAUUCUUGUGGAUGCGAGCGGCAGUGUCUCUGGUCUGACACUCAAACUCAUCCGCACCUCUGUCAGUGAGAUGUUGGAAACCUUGUCCGAUGAUGACUAUGUGAAUGUAGUUUAUUUCAACAUGGAGGUGAACAAUACCGACUGCUUUGAUCAUCUAGUGCAGGCGAACGUCCGCAACAAGAAGAAGCUGAAGGACGCGGUUCAGAAGAUCUCAGCCAAGGGCAUCACUAACUACAAAAGGGGCUUUGAAUUCGCCUUCGAGCAGCUUUUGUUUUCCAACGUGACCCGUGCCAACUGCAACAAGAUCAUCAUGCUGUUUACUGACGGGGGGGAGGAGAGGGCUCAGGAGAUCUUCGAGAAGUACAACUCAGGAAAGGAGGUGCGCAUAUUUACCUUUUCUGUUGGCCAACACAACUAUGACAAAGGACCAAUACAAUGGAUGGCCUGCAACAACAAAGGAUAUUAUUACGAGAUUCCAUCUAUUGGAGCCAUUAGGAUCAACACACAGGAGUACUUGGAUGUACUAGGAAGACCAAUGGUCCUGGCAGACAAGAAGGCCAAGCAGGUCCAAUGGACCAAUGUCUACCUAGAUGCACUGGAACUUGGCCUUGUUAUCACGGGGACACUGCCAGUUUUCAACAAGACGCUCUCAAAAGAUGAAAAGGGCGGAACCACAAAAAAGAAUCAAUUGACCCUAGGAGUGAUGGGCGUGGAUGUAUCCCUGGAUGACAUUAAGAAGCUAACUCCGCGGUUCACUAUCGGCCCCAAUGGAUAUUAUUUCGCAAUCAACCCCAAUGGCUAUGUGCUGCUCCAUCCCAACCUGCAACCAAAGAAUCCUAAAUUCCAGGAGCCAGUUACCCUGGAUUUCCUGGAUGCUGAGCUGGAGAACGAAAUUAAAGUGUGGAUCAGAAGAGAUAUGAUUGAUGGACUGACAGGAAAUAGAACAAUCAACACUCUGGUGAAAUCUCAGGAUGAGAGGUACAUCGACAGAGGUGUCCGGACCUACACAUGGGCUCCUGUCAAUGGCACAGACUACAGCCUGGCGCUGGUAUUGCCUGAAUACAGUUUGCACUAUAUUCAAGCAAGAAUAGGAGAUACGAUUACACAGGCAAAAUUUUCUGAGACCAUGCAGCUGGAGAACUUUGAUGAGUAUGGAUACACAUUCAUCGCACCCAGAGAGUACUGCGUAGACCUGAAGGUGUCGGACAACAACACUGAGUUCCUGAUGGAGUUCAACAAGUACAUUGACACGAAAACGCCCAACAACCCCACAUGCAAUGUUUCUCUUGUAAACAGACUGUUGCUGGAUGCUGGACUGACCACAGACCUGGUCAAGCUCUGGAAGGAUCAGAAUCUAAGCGGAGUGCAAGCCAGGUUCGUGGCCACCGACGGGGGAAUCACACGCGUUUACCCGAGAAGUGCUGGUGAGGAAUGGACAGAGAACCCAGAGACGUAUGAAUCAAGCUUCUACAAGAGGAGUCUGGACAAUGACAUCUACAUCUUCACUGCACCACCUUCCAACAAAAGCGGGGAGACUGACAUUGAUUCUGGCAUCUUGGUCAGCAGGGCUGUCGAUCUGAACAUCGACGGCGUGAAGCUGAAGCCUGCUGUGGUCGGUGUGAAGCUUAACAUCACCGCCUGGAUGCUGAGUUUCAUGAACGCCACAAUGAAGACAAACUGCAAGGAUGAGAUCUGUGGUUGUGUGCGGAACAGUCAGAAUGUUGACUGUGUUAUCCUCGACGAUGGCGGGUUUCUAUUGAUGUCCAAUAAGGAUGCCUAUAUCACCCAGAUCGGCCAGUUCUUCGGCGAGAUCGACCCCAACCUGAUGAAGAGCCUGGUGAACGCUUCGGUGUACUCGUACAACAAGACGUAUGACUACCAGUCGGUGUGCGACCCGCAGCGGGAGAUCAAGGCCGCCGCGGGGCUGCGCUCCGUCUACGUGCCUACAAUAGCAGACAUGCUGAGUAUUGGAUGGUGGGCUUCAGCUGCAGCCUGGUCCAUAUUGCAGCAGCUAUUUCUUAGUUUAUCAUUUCCUCAAUUCCUCGAAGCAGCUGAUAUGGAAGAUGACCUGACAGAUGCUCUCUCCAAGGAGAGCUGCAUCACGGAGCAGACGCAGUACUUCUUCGACAGCAAUGAUUUGAAGUCCAUUAAAGGAAUACUGGACUGUGUGAACUGCUCCAGAAUGUACCAUGGAGAAAAAAUUGUGAACACAAACCUGCUGUUCCUCAUUGUCGAUGCCAAGGACACCUGUACGCCAUGUGACAGCAAAAAGUUGUUCCAAGCAGAGCAACCAUCCCUGGGCCCAGACCCCUGUGAGCUGGCACAGAAUCCCAGGUACAGGAAAGGACCAGAUGUCUGUUUUGACAACGAUGAAAGAGAGGAUGAUAGUGACUGUGGUGGGGGGUCCGGUUUGAGCCCGUCACUCUGGACCACGUUUGGCUUGCAGCUGGUUCUCCUCUGGGUCCUGGCCGGACCGAGACACUACCCGUCAUGACCUGAGAGCCCACGGAUUGUCCACCGCUGUCCUCCCAUACAUUUCAGGAUCCUGCCAGAUUUUCUUUCUGAGAUUCUACAUUGACCGGAGCGGGGUGGAGGCGACAUCACCACCCUGGAAGUGAGACUGAUAGCGUGUGUUCCCAGGUCUUGCUCUGUGGGCCGACGGGACGGCUGUUACGGAUUAACGUGGAGCUAUCUCAAGCCUAGUGUGUCCUGCAGAGGCAACCGAGAAGACUGCCUUAUCCCGGAAGGGGAGAGUGGAGAUUAAACUACUUCAUUUAUGUUGUAGGUUUUUUGGUGUGCUAUGUAAAGAUAAAAAAAAAAAAUACAUCAAAGUCAUCAAAUUGAAUUACACUGCCAGAUAUUUCAAACAGAAAGUGCUGCCCCUAGCUGUUGUACCGUGGUAUUUAUAUUUAUUUGUUAGGUCUUGUUUUUACUUGAUUGUGUAUAUUGAAAGGUUUGGGAUGGCUAGUGACCGAUUUAUGACUCAGAUUUCUCCUACAAGCAUAGCAGAAAAAAGAAAAGUAAAAAAGAAACGUGUGGCAUUCUCUUCCACCACAUGUCAGAGCAGACACAUCUCUUAACAGUCUACUCAUAAUGAAACAUUUACAAAAUCUGUUCAAAAGAAAAAUCUCAUUGAGCUGAUGUACACGAUGCACAGAUGGAGGGCAUGACUGCGUUUCCAGAGGUAGUCAAAUAUGCAUUUUUGUUUGCAGACUGCAGUGCAUUUUACCUGCAGUGCAUUUUUUUAGCCCUGAGAAUACAGGGAAUUUCUGCCAGUCUCUACUUCACUCUGUACACAAACAGGGCCUUGCGGCUUUGUGAUACCAUGCCAAAGGGCACACUUUCACCUCAGCCGCUGCGCAUUGUGCCAGCCCAUUGGCUUUCUUUAUUGUGCGAUUUAAUAUUGAGCUAGCCAAAUCUUUUCAUUUGUAUUUAUUUAUUUAUUUCAAUUCUUAAAGGCCAUUGCAAGAAAACGGUUUUCAGUGCAAUGUUCUAGAUUUUCAUCUAUAUAUUUAUACUUAAGUACCCUUUUCCUUGGCCUUUCUGCAUGUUUUUGCUGUUUAAUUUAGGUUUCUUUUUAUGGUUUUGAUAUUAAGUGUUUAUGCAAAAAAAGGUUACUUAGUCAAAAGGACAGGGGACAUCAGUGCAUAAUGGUAUGUGUGCAAACUAUGGAAAUGCUUGUUUAAAGAAAAUGCACAAUACCCAUGAAUGUCUGAAAGCACGGAUCUUUAAAUGUGAACCUGGGUGAAAACGGUGUUUUUCACAAUUCAAUACAGCACAAACUUUUAAAUGGGUUUUGUCAACUCUAUACUAAAUUUUAGUAUAAAAACCGGACGAUAUUCUUCAGGCAGGUUGCUUUGUCUGUUUUCCUAUUGUCAUUAUAGGUCCCUGUUCAGAUUUUUGAUUCCAUCAGAUGAGCAUGCUUUUUAAAAAAACCAUAAUACAUGGUUGAGACUGUCUCCAGGUCAGCUAUGGAGAAGAGCUGGGGAAGGAGAAAGGACUUGUCUGUUGUAUUCAAACAGUGUCCCCUGCCAGUAAUGUACUGCAGGCACAGUAUAUUUGUGAAUAUCAAUAAACCCAAUAUUCCAAAGAAAAUAUAGAUUAUGAUCAAUUGGAAGUCUUGAUUAUCAUAUACCAUUUAAAUAACUACGACAUGUAUUUUUGUAAAAAUAAGCAAGAUUUAACACAAUUAUGUGGUGGAGAAGACUUCCAUUGAAUGAAAGAAAUAGCAAUAUUUGUUUAUAUUUAUCCAAAUAGCACAAGGAGGUUAAUGAGUUAUUGAUGUACUGCUAUUUGGAACAUUAGUUUGAAACUUUGUGCAUAAAAGCUAUACAUCUCCGUUCUAAGCACUACAUCAGCAUUCAUAAGUCAAAAUUGAUGCAGCAAGUGACAUUACUAUGACAUGCCAAGUGAAAUGACAUAAGGUUAUUGUGUUAUUCCAAUUUGUAUGUCAUAGUAAUGUCACUUGCUGCAUCAAUGCUGACAUAACGUAUGUAGUGCUUAUGAAGGAGUUAUGUAGCUCUAUUUAGGACCCUUCAAAUAUAGUGUUACCAAAAAAUGUUUGCUGCUGCAAAUGUUUUUAUUCAGAUUCUUCAUUGCUUUAACAUUAGCCGACAUGGGGUGGUUUGUAAUGUUCUUUCUAAUAACCCUCCUACAUUGAAGUUAUGUACCUGAACAUGAAAACCACUUUUCCUGCUCUAUACAUGGAGAUGGUUGGGGCCUGAUUGUUGAUUCCUGCAGUCACACAGAGGAAUUUGCAUAAAUAUUUGACUUACUCGUGGAUUCAGUGGUAGGACCACUGUUCAUUACAGAAAUUUUGUCAUUAUAUUCUCUCCAUAUACUGGUUCAAGAUAGAAAAAUUAUAACGACUUGUGUGAUUGAUGGAUGUUGGGUUGAGUUUGUAGCAGACAACAAAUCUUUUAUAACUGUCUGAAAUCAAGGGAGAUAUCAAAAGAGUUUGCAUCUUGCAUCCAGAGACUAUGGACAUGGGAAAUUUUAACAGAUACCUAAGAAAUGCAGGAAAUUUAGAUCUCAAAAUCACACAAUUAUGCAAAGACUUUAUUCCCGUUCAUUAGAAUUGCAUUAGUUAGACAUGUGAAUACAUAUAAGCAUCACAUGGAAUCAAUCCGUGGUUUUUCAUGAUUAGAAUAAUAGACAGUGGUGGAAAUAUUGGCCCUAAUUGUACACUAUUUGGUAGUUAUUGACCACACAUAAGGGCUACAGUUGUACAGAUCCAAUGCUUGCUUCUGCUUGGGAAAUUUCAACCGCCAAAGUUAAAUCUCCAUUUCAAUGAUAUGAUAUGAGGUUGGUACAGUUGGUAAACUUUUUUGUAAACAGUUGGUAAAGUUUUUGUCUUCUCUGCACUUGUUGGAAAAAGCAAUGUAAUCGAGACCAAUUGCAUUUCAUAUUCAAAAAGUGACAUUAAGUGCCAUAGGCCUUUUUCAUCUGUUACAGUAUCUACAAAAAAAAUGUGUUUGGAGUGGUAACUCCAACACAGCGUGAAGGCCAGUUUUGUUGACAUUGUUCCCUAAAUGCAUGAUAUGAUAUCAGUGACGGACAAUAAUCCUACUUAGGUAUUCAUUUUACAGAAGUAUAAUACAGUGAAUAUUAUAUAAAGCCUUUGUUCUUAAUAUGGAUCAGCGCUACUGCCGUUUUACUGAAAGAGACAGCAUUUGUUUUUUAACACAUUAUAAUGACCAUCUUAUAAGAGGUGACUAUAACCAGAUGUGGAUUAAUGGAACAGUCAGUCUAAAGCUCAAACCUUGAAAAUGAAGCCCAAGGUAAACCCAGUUAGUUUCUCCAGCAGUUUACUUGAAUAGAAAUACAGUUUAGUUUGAAAGUGUCAAAUGCACUGUAAACAAGUGUGGAGGGCUGAAAUCUAAAAUUACUUCCACUCAUUGAAGGACUUUGUUUUUCUAUUUCUGCUGUCGUUCUCAGUGCUAAACUCAGAUGCUGUCGUUUCAGGAUCCAAUACUGCGAUGUGAUUGGAAGUGUGUUUAAUGCUGUCAAUGCGCUUUGUGCAGGUCGUCUGGGUCAUGCUUUUUUCUGGACUGUUCUAUGGAGACUGCUCGAUGUGUGUUUAAAUGGAGGGGUCUGGUGCCUGCUGCCCCAGUGCUAGUAACCAGCGGGUCUUUCUGUUAAUAUCCCUUGAUUGUGCUUUAAAUACAAUACACUUUUGUGGAGCUUGACUAGCCUGAAUUUUGUAUAAAUUUGUACCAUAAUGUUAUUAAACAAAAAACAAAGAAUAAUGUUUAUAAUCAUAGAAAUGUGGUAAUUCUUGUGCAAAUACAGUAUAUUCAGAAUAAAAGUCUAUCAUUAUUA